AGAGGGGGCUCCCUGGGGCAGGAAACACGGAAACCUGGACUGCUGUUAAGAAACCACCGAUUCUUGUUCUCAAACUACACCAAAAACAUGACAGCGACUAUGAUUUCUCCUAUGUUCGAGUACGGUGAAGUCUCAAAGAACAAAAUGUUGGACUGCAGCAACAACAGCAGACUCGGCGGAAUCGAAAUCAUAUCUGCCCCAUACAACGACGACCUCUCCCCCUGCCCCUCCACUGAGUCCCUGCUGAACACGAGGGUGGUGGGAGCCCCCUCUGCACGGGGUCUGUUCCAACGCCGUCGCUCAGUCAGUCUCUUCGGUGGAAAACUCAGCCAGAACCAGUUCAUCAACAGACUCAACGUGGACCCCUCUGUGUUUUCGAGCGGCAGUAACAACAAGGAGAACCGGGUGUGCGAGCGUUCCUUCUCGGAGCUGGGGGACAGGCCCGGCAGCCUGGGGUCUGUGCUCGGGAGCGGCCAGGUCAACUCCAGCCGAUACAAGACAGAGCUGUGCAGACCCUUCAAAGAGCACGGCGUCUGCAAGUACGGCGACAAGUGCCAGUUCGCCCAUGGCAUGCACGAGCUGCGCAACCUGAGCCGCCACCCCAAAUAUAAGACGGAGCUGUGCCGCACCUUCCACACCAUUGGUUACUGUCCGUAUGGCCCUCGCUGCCACUUCAUCCACAACGCGGACGAGUGCCGCGGACCCCCGCCCCUUGGCACCUUCAACAAGACGGAGCGCCCCCGGCUGCAGCACAGCUUCAGCUUCGCCGGCUUCCCCAGUGCUGACGAUCUCCAAAGCAGCCCCACCUCCGUCACGCCCCCGCCCCCAUUCUCCAGCGAGACCCUGACGGAGUGGCAGAGCAACCCCUUCACGUACUCCAGCCAGGAGUUUGCCAGCCUAUUCAGCCCCAGCCUGGGGUCCCCGCCUUCGUCUGAACCUCAGGGACCAGCCCAACCUUCAGUGAACACCCCUUGCUUUUUUCAGGCUGCAUCAGAGAGCCCCCCCAGCGCCCCUAGCCCCCCCAGCCCCUCCAGCCCCCCUGACUCUGUGUCUGACCAGGAGGGCUACCAGAGCAGCCAGGAGAGCCAGAGCGGCUCUGAGUCUCCCCUCCUGGAUGCCUCCCGCCGUCUCCCCAUCUUCAGCACGCUCUCUGUCUCCGAUGAUUAAGGUUUCCUCAUCACCUGGGCUUGAGUUGGAGUGAUGGGGUAAAAAGAGGGAGGGGGAUUAGAGAAGAAGAUGGAGGCUAUUCUCCUCCCUUAACUCCCUGCUCUUUCUCUUAGCCCUGUUUACAAGAGAAGCAAACCGCUCUGCAUUGUAGUAGCCACUGAGUCACAUCAGAAUAUUGAAUGCCUUAUGACGACAGUCUUUUACUUUAAAAGACAGCCCCCCCACAAUUCAGAUCAAGUCUCUUCAAUAUGAUGAACAGUUGGUAAACCCACACACUGGUGCCAUGGUGGAAUGAUUGUGAAGUAGCUCAGAGAUCAGAUUAACAUGAGUAGUCCCAGUGUGAUCAUGUUUGUGUUCCAGUACACACUGUCUGGACUCUACUUUAUUUGUUUCAGUAUUGUGUGGUGCCACACACAUAACAUUAUUAUUAUUAUUAUUAUUAUUAUUAUUAUUAUUAUUAUUAUUAUUAUUGCCUUUGCUGCAACCUUUACACUUCCCAUAGGUUUGUGACACCUGAGUGUUAAAGGCUGGGCACUGUAAAAUUGACAAGAGAAAGUCCCAGUGGACAGUUAAAUUAUAAAUGUGCCUUUGAACUUUUUUUUAGGUGAAGGCCUCGUCUAUCUUUUCCUCUAAUCAUCAUGGGGGUUGUUUUCUUUGUUUUCUCACAGCUUUCCUUGCCUUCUGUCAGGCUGGAAUACUUGCUUCAUUGAGCUGGUGGUCAGUUAUUCUCUAUUUGCUGCAGAGCACGUUGAAAAAUCACAGCCAGCCAUUGGGUGUUUGAAUAGAAACUAUCUUUUGAAUAGGACAAAAAAAUUGGAGGUUGACUUAAAGGGAAUUUCACCCAAAAUGACAAGAACACGUUCUCAAACCUGUAGUGGUAUAUACUGUAGAAAUGUCUGCCUCCAUCCCAGUACAGUAGAGCUGAAUGGAGUGCAGUUUUUACUACUCUUCCAGGUCUGUAUCAGU